AUGCAAGGUUAUGGAAGAGAUUGUGCGAAAAUAUCUAGUGGAACAUCUGGAGCGAAGGAACUUUGUGACAACAUCAGCGUGGAUUCAGGGAUGUUCUUAGUUGCAGGAGAUAAGACGAGUGACGAAGACGAUAAGACGAGUGACGAAGACGCUAAGACGAGUGACGAAGACGCUAAGACGAGUGACGAAGACGCUAAGACGAGUGACGAAGACGCUAAGACGAGUGACGAAGACGAUAAGACGAGUGACGAAGACGCUAAGACGAGUGACGAAGACGCUAAGACGAGUGACGAAGACGCUAAGACGAGUGACGAAGACGCUAAGACGAGUGACGAAGACGCUAAGACGAGUGACGAAGACGCUAAGACGAGUGACGAAGACGAUAAGACGAGUGACGAAGACGCUAAGACGAGUGACGAAGACGCUAAGACGAGUGACGAAGACGCUAAGACGAGUGACGAAGACGAUAAGACGAGUGACGAAGACGAUAAGACGAGUGACGAAGACGAUAAGACGAGUGACGAAGACGAUAAGACGAGUGACGAAGACGAUAAGACGAGUGACGAAGACGAUAAGACGAGUGACGAAGACGAUAAGACGAGUGACGAAGACGAUAAGACGAGUGACGAAGACGAUAAGACGAGUGACGAAGACGAUAAGACGAGUGACGAAGACGAUAAGACGAGUGACGAAGACGAUAAGACGAGUGACGAAGACGAUAAGACGAGUGACGAAGACGAUAAGACGAGUGACGAAGACGAUAAGACGAGUGACGAAGACGAUAAGACGAGUGACGAAGACGAUAAGACGAGUGACGAAGACGAUAAGACGAGUGACGAAGACGCUAAGACGAGUGACGAAGACGAUAAGACGAGUGACGGCUACUAUUUUGGAGACACACAAACUGACGACAUUACCAGAGGCAAGGUCGACUGUACACUGCUCCCGUUCUUGCAUUUUGAAACAGGAAAGAAGCAACAUAAUUUUGAAACAGUCACUCGUGACACUCAAUUAGUUCUAGCAUGUUGUCUAGUAUCUUUUUCCUCGUGA